AUGAGAUCGAUAUCGAAUUCUUUAAGGGCAACAGGUGACGAAAAUACCCACCUUGUAUACAUCCGAUAUCUCAAUCAAGUUUCAGUCGGCAAAAAUCAGAAAAUUAAAGAAGCGGAUCCCACACAAGAUUUUAUAUCAAAAUUUAAACCCAAAAUUCCAUCAGCAAAGGAGCAAAAGAAUCAAAUUUCAAAAGUAAGCAAUACCCAGCAAAUAGAAACAGCAAUUUCGACUUUAUUUGAUAUAGAAAAUUAUAAUUUACUGAAUUUAUGCGAAUUUUGCCAAACAGCUUAUGAACUACGCUUAAAAGAUUUCAAAUUCGUUAACGCAGCCCAAGUAGAGAACAUAGCUUUCAAAACAAUUAUUACAAUCAACCUUACUCUUAAAAAUCAAAUCGAAACUAUUGCAGACUACGGGAGUUCGGUUAAAUUAUCAAAAGAUGUUGCUCCAAUAUUACACUCUCCCUUAAAAUAUUUACUUAUUAACAUGGAUUCUGUUGUUUUUGAUGAUUUAGUUGCAAUUUUACCAGGAUAUAUCAAAUUAUUCACAUGUUUUGACAAAAUCAUGGCAGUACCAAAUGAUAGUAUUGUUGCUGGAAUCAUUCGCGAAUUAUUAAAAAUUUUCAUCGAUUCAAUGAAGUCAUUUUUAGAACGGAAAGAAUAUUUAACACUCGAUUACGCUACAAAACUUAUUAGUGCAUACAUAUUAUGUCCAUCUACUUCAUUAGACUUCAAAAAAGAAUUAAAUGCUUUUGCCAAUCUUUCUGUCCACAAUUGGGACCUAAUUCCAGAAAAAUUCCAUGAAGAAUUAUUCUCAUUACUCUGCCAAACAGUUUGUUCCAAGAAAUACGUUGAUGAAUUUGAAAUUAAUUUAUAUACGUUCCAAAUCAUCGCAAAUCUGACCAAAGAAGAGAAACCAGUGACGGAAUCAACGAAGAGCUUCGGUACCUGGAUCAAUCAUCUCGCAGAAGCUCAUCCAAACAUCUACGAUGAACAAUUUAAAAUUGAAAUUCCGAAAACUUUGGAUUUCAAGAAGAUUAACCAAUUCAAAGCCCUCAUGAUUGAAGAGGUACCCCCAGAAAUCGCGAUGUCGGUCAAUGCAGGCAAACUUUUCGCUGAAAGAAUGUCAAUUCAUCCUUCUUUCCUUCCUACGUUCUUGGAUGUAGUUCCAAAGGACAAGGUUGGUCUCACUAUAGCCAUGUCUAUGAUUAUUGAUAACGUUUUUACCAAUAACAACCCAGAAAAAUUUAUUAAUUUGAUAUGUUCAAACGAUUGUUACCAAAUACAACGUGAAACUGUUCUUUCCAACAUCAGUAAGAUCAGUGAGCCCUAUUGUAACCUGAUUCUCCAAAUAAUUGGCCCGGAUUUGCUAAGUCACUCGUUAUAUCUCAGAGAAUUAGUGAAUUCCCAGCGCUGGAAGAUGAUAUUAAUAUCAUCCGUACCCAACCAUUUAAGGCAGAUGCUGAAAAAUGGCCAAACUAUCGAUGGUUUGGGAGUAUUCAUAAGAGAUCUUUAUGAAAAAGAUGCCGCAACUUGUUUGAGCAGUUCCAUGGCCAUGCUUAUUAUAGAUUGCGUAAUUUCAGGUAACUACAAUGACUUUAUUGACAUGGUUUGGUUAUCUGAAGCAACAAUGCCGAAUUUCCCAUUAAUUAUCAACGCGAUCCAACUUAUUUUGACCAAAAGAACAUCUGUAAAAACAAAUGAUGGAGUAAUUGCCGUUUUUUUGAACUCAUUGACAUUUAAUGUGGACUCCUACACACCGGAACAAGCCCAGAAGAUUGUUUCCUCAUUGUUCGCAAAUAUGUGUAUGCUUCCUGGCCUAACAAUGGACACAGAGAUCUUAACAACUUGUAUUAGAGUUAUUCAGCUAUUUAUGGAGAGAUACCAAGUUGCAAGAGAUGAAAUAAAUAAUGAUGUAUCAAGAACAUUGACAUCAUUAACUGAUUCUCUCAAAAAAUUCCCUGCAGAUCCUCAUAUUUUCGAAAUGUUGAAAGAAACAAUUAUCGGUGAGAAAAAGGAACUUGUUUCAUCAACACUGUUGUUCAUGUUAUACGAUUGGCUCAAAGGAACUCAAUUAGAAAAAGAAUAUUUCUUAUGGUCGAAACAAUUAUGCGAAUCAAGCAAAUCCCUUGCAGAAAUAUUCUACAAGAAAGGUUUCCUUAACGAUGCUAUCAAGAGAUUCUAUUAUAAAGAGGAAUUGGCCGAUGUCUCAAAAUCAUUCUUUUUUUCAGUGGCCAGAUACUACUUCCACGUUGAUAUAUGGAAGAACUUAGUACACUCAGUUAAGUCACAUUCGUCCGAAAUCAAUACUUCCAUCAAAUUAGUUUCAAUGCUCAAAACAACUCUUGAAGAUGCCAUGGCAGACACAGAGAGCCCUGAGAACAUCUUUGCUGUAAGUAAUUCGGUAAAAGGUGUAAAGAAAUUCAUCAAAUUGCUUUCAAUUCUUUCGAAUCAAGAUAAAACUAACCCAAGUUUAACAAUUGAGUACUUCAAGCUCGUAAUCUCAACACUGUAUUUACUCCGCAAGGCAAAGCAUAUCCAUAAAAGCCAUAUUUUCAAGCUUUUAGGCGGAGCUUUGCUUUCUGUCAAUUUGUCAUGUCUUACAUUAGAAAAUUUACUUUUGUUAGUAGAUUUAUAUAAUGGCCUUCCCAAUGAAAAAUGCAGGAAAGAUAUGCUUGAAAACGUGUUUUUGAACAUGAUUUUCGUAGAAAGAUUGGAUGACAAAAUGAGAAAGAGUUAUUUCGAUAACAUUUUGUCUAAAAUCGACUUUGCUGCUAAUCCGAUUGAUAUUGAGUUCUUACUUACUUAUAUUUGGGAAAUUCCGGAUCCGAAAAUCGAAAAAUUCAGGGAAAUCCAAUGGAAUUAUGUAGCCCAAAUAGAACUAAGUAACAAGGAUACCAUUGCUGUAGCUUUAGUUUUCAUUACAAGGAAAAAUGAAAAUAUUCGCAAAUGGGCUUUCAAUAUUUUAUUAAACGCCCUCAAUAAAAACGAUUCCAACAUUCUGGCGAUACUAAAUGCAAUGGGACAUGAGCCAUUUGCCGUGUUAUUAAAUAAUCGUAAUAUUAUUGAACGAAAAAGAGGCAUAGAACUAUUAUCGAUCAUGAGCAGAUAUGGUACAAUGAAUCCUACUGUCAGACCCUACAUGGAAAACUGUGCUAUGUACUUAUCUGACAAUGUUUCAUCAGAUGACACAAAAUUCAUAUACGAAAAGAUAUUUGAUGAGAACAGAAAGCUCAAAUCUGCUGAUAUGCUCGCUCUUUUCAUGGCUGCUUUCUCUCAAAUCAAAAAUAAGUCAAAAUACGAAAAAUUCUUUAAUGAAAUCAAUAACAGUGCAUCAGAUGAAUUGACUUAUUUCUUUGAUAACUAUAAUUGGGUACCUUUCGUUAAAAAUUUCGUUAAAAGUGACAAAGAUUUCACAACUUUGGUUUCUACAUUUGUUGUAUACACUGUUGUGCAUCAUACUAACCAAUACUUGUUCAGAGUCUACGCUGCUUUGAGCGAUUUGAAGCAAUCUUCAAUCUUGGAAGCAUUUAUUGCAAAAACAAUCGCCGGAUUAAUCGAUUGUGAGCGUAUAUCAACUGUUCUGUCCUGUGCAACCCUCGCUAUGCAGUUAGUUCUUUACAGACCCGAAAAUGGAAGUUUUGAUUCGCUAAAAGCGAACGAAACACCAAAUACUACUAUCGCAAGGCCAUUAUUUGAGCUCCUCCAAAAGCUCGCACUAUCAAAUUCCAGUUAUUCUAUUGCAAUUUGCUCGGAUUACAUGAUUAACGUGUUGCAAGCCGCAUUUUUCGUUGCUUGGAGAUUUUCAAUGCUUUACGAAGGUGGUCGGUUGGUCGAGCAAUGCUUAACAAGCAUUCCAAGGCCUGCAUUGAAGAAUGCUAUAGAACAAUUCACUUGUUUCGGGCCAAUACCUACAAAAGCGACAUUAAAUAGCAAACCAGCGCCACCUCCAACCCGAUUUACCCCGCCAAAGCCAAUUCCAAGAGAUUCAUCUCAAAAUUCUUCCCAAACAACGCAAACAAAGGACCAAGAAAGUGGAACAGAAGCAAAACCAGCAUCGUUUAAGGAGAGAUUGAGGCUUUUCAGUCAACAUAUUCGGUUAUAUUCCAAUGUCCAAGCGAAAGCUCCAGAAUUUAACCCAGAUGAAGUCAUUCCACCAUCAGUACAGAACUUAAAUAUUGAUUCCGAUUCAUCAGAUAGCGAAACAUCGGACGAUGAUGACGAUUUCAGUAUUGAGGUUAUCCAAGCCAUUGAAAAAGCCAAAGAACCUCCGAAACAGAAGGUAAAUACCAUAAAACUGACUCCUCUCAAGGCAUCUAUCGAAAAACCUCAAUCUUCGACACUACUCGGACCAAAUUUGAUCAGACAGUCAUCAUUGAGGUCAUCCUUGAGAGUUCCGCAGAAUCUUAGGGACACAUUGCCUAAAUUCGACCAAAAACCGAAUCUUAAAGAAGAUAAUGAUGACGCGAUUCUUGCAAAACCAGUUGACUGCGAAGGAGCACAGAAAUUCUACACUAAAUCACUUCAGUUCUCCAGCUUAGUUGUCAAAGACUUCCGCACAAUUGUAUCUAACUACGGAAAGCACUCAAACAUGAGAAAACCAAUUAGAUACGACAAACCAGGAAAGGAAGUCAUUGAUAAGUUCAUUAAUAAUGCGGAAGAAAGGAAUAAGUCUCUGGAGAAGGCUGCGUCUGCUUUUGUUAUUAAGUCAAAGUCUUCUUCUGAAGAGAAAUAA